CAUUCGCAAUGAGAACUUGUGUGAUUUUCUUGACCCUUCUCUGCUGCAGCACCUUGGGCUCCGCCAAGUUGUUCGACGAUCAGCUUCGCGAACUGACAGAGUUCCUUCGUCUGCAGAUGCGAUGUGGUUAUCCUGCCAGGGGAGUUCCCAUUUUGGCACCAGCUCAGAUUGCCUACAAGGACAUCGCUGUCAGAACAGAAAACUUUGGUUGCCAAGGAAACUUCACUGAACUAAUUCUCGAGGGUCUGGAUGGCUACGAGUUCUCCAAGCUGGAAUGGAAUAAUGUUCUUCACACCAUCAAGUUUAACAUUAACUUUCCCAAAGUAUCCGUGAAGAGCUCAAACUACAAACUGGAUAUCUUGGCUCGUCUUUUCGGUUCCGAUUUCUCCCUGUGGGGUGAUGGUGCCCUUGCUCUUGAAUUGAUCAACUUCCGAGCCUACGGUAGCUUCAUUAUCCGUCCAAUAUCGGCGACCAGUGGAGUGUAUGUAAAGAGCUGGAAGGUCAAAUGGGAGUUGGAAGAGGCCAAGUCCCAGACCACGGGCAUUAUGAACAGCCGCCUGUACACAAAGUUCAUUAACGAUCUCAUCAAGGACUACUUGGAGAUCAUGAUCAACGAUAACCCCACAGAGGUUUCCAACUUUAUGGAGGAACUCAUUGUGCCACCAAUGAAUAUGGUGCUGGAGAAUGUGGCCUGGUACGAGAUUACGGCUAUCAUUCUUGGCCUGGUCGAGGGCAUUCUGCCGGUGGAGCCAAUUUGCUAAAGUGUGGGAAGCCGUUUGGCAGGUGUUUCAAGUGUUCAAGUGUGAAUAAAUGGCUUAAACAAUAUAAACUUGAUAACAAUUAGUUGGAA